CAUUGCCACUCGAAUUACCUAAGAUAAAAACGAAUUAUAUAUCACUUUGAUUUUUCGCACUUAUUGUUAAUCUAUUCUCAAAAUUUAAACAAAAAUGCAGAGGCAAGUGGCACUCAUUAAGCAGUCCCUCUUUGAUCAGGGAUAUCUCGACGAACAAUUCAUGGAGCUAGAAGAGCUCCAAGAUGAUGCAAACCCUAAUUUUGUUGAAGAAGUUUCUGCAUUGUACUUCAAAGAUUCAGCUCGAUUAAUCAAUAACAUUGACCAAGCUUUGGAAAGAGGAACAUUUGAUUUCAAUCGGCUGGAUAGUUACAUGCAUCAGUUUAAGGGAAGCAGCACGAGCAUUGGGGCAAGUAAAGUGAAAGCUGAAUGCACUACGUUUAGGGAAUACUGCAGAGCUGGAAAUGCUGAAGGAUGCUUGAGGACUUUCCAGCAACUGAAGAAAGAACACUCAACGUUGAGAAAGAAGCUUGAACAUUAUUUCCAGUUGGCAAGGCAGGCGGGGCCUAAGGAGACAGCACCAAUCAUGACAUUUGGUGACUCUGUAGUUGAUGUCGGCAACAACAACUAUCUUCCGACCAUUUUCAGAGCUGAUUAUCCUCCUUAUGGCCGUGAUUUCGCUAACCACAAAGCCACCGGCCGUUUCUGCAACGGCAAAUUAGCUACUGAUAUCACCGCUGAGACUCUAGGCUUCACUAAGUACCCACCAGCUUAUCUAAGUCCUGAAGCUUCUGGUAAGAAUCUUCUCAUUGGUGCUAAUUUCGCUUCUGCAGCUUCAGGUUAUGAUGACAAAGCUGCUCUUAUCAAUCACGCGAUCCCGUUGUAUCAGCAAGUAGAGUAUUUCAAGGAAUACAAGAGCAAGCUCAUAAAAAUUGCAGGAAGCAAAAAAGCUGAUUCGAUCAUAAAGGGAGCAAUCUGUCUCUUAAGUGCUGGAAGCAGUGAUUUUGUUCAAAACUACUAUGUGAAUCCUCUGCUUUACAAAGUUUACACUGUUGAUGCGUACGGUUCUUUCCUUAUUGAUAACUUCUCUACAUUUAUCAAGCAAGUGUAUGAGAUUGGAGCAAGGAAGAUCGGUGUAACUUCUCUGCCUCCAACGGGAUGUCUUCCAGCUGCAAGAACUCUUUUCGGUUUUCAUGAGAAAGGCUGUGUUUCAAGACUCAACACAGAUGCUCAAAAUUUCAACAAGAAACUUAACGCUGCUGCUUCAAAGCUUCAAAAGCAAUAUUCCGGUCUUAAGAUUGUUGUCUUCGACAUCUUCACCCCACUAUAUGAACUUGUUCAGAAUCCUUCCAAAUCCGGAUUCACGGAAGCAACCAAAGGAUGUUGUGGAACAGGAACAGUGGAGACAACUUCACUCUUAUGCAAUCCGAAAUCGUUAGGGACUUGUUCCAAUGCUACUCAGUAUGUGUUCUGGGACAGUGUUCAUCCUUCUGAAGCUGCCAAUGAGAUUCUUGCCACAGCGCUAAUUGGACAAGGAUUUUCUCUCCUCGGUUGAUCCCAAAGUAUUUAUCUUAUAUUCUCUUUUCAAAUCGCUGUUUCUAUUGCACCUUGAGUCAUACAUUUAUUUCUAUUUGAAUUAUGUAUCAAACCACCACUAUUUUAUUAAAAAUGUAUUGAAACU